AUGGCAAUUUUAAUUAAAGACAAUGUUCCAUCCCUUGUUGAUUUAUCAACUCAAGAUUUUAUUAAAUUAGGGAUACAAGGAGUAUAUACAACAAUGAAAACAGUGAUUUCUCCAGAGUAUAUCUUUAACUUUACUCUUCAUAUGAAUAAUUUACAUAAAUAUUGUUCCAACUAUUUGAAGGUGCAAGAAAAUGAUACGAACAGAGAACAUAUAUCGAAAAUUUUAAAGGAUUUAACAGUUGAAGAUAUAUAUAAAAAUAGUAGUAAAAACAUAAAAACAGGUUUUAAAUAUUUAAAUAAUUUACAAGAUGAUUUAAAAAAAAAACAUUUCAGUGAUAAUUCCAAUUAUAUGGUUAUGAUUACAUUAACUUGGGAUAUUAAUAGUACUGUCAAUAUGUUGGAAAAAUAUUAUUCUAUUUUGUGUUAUAUAAAAUGUUUACCAAAACAUCAAGAUCAUGUUCAAAUAGAUAUGAUGUGUGGAGAGAGAAAAACUCCUAAUAUAAAAUAUGCAGAUGUAUUUCAAGUACGAGAUAAAUUCUUAAAACUUAAAAAUGAAAAUAGUCAUGAAGUUGUUUUAUUCAAUGAAAAUAAUCAAAUAACUGAAGGUUUAUCAUGCAAUUUUUUCUGUUUUUUUAAUGAUACCUUAUAUACAGCCAAAGAUGAACUAGUUCUUAAAGGAACUAUAAGAGAACAAAUUAUCAAUUUAUGUGAAAGGGAAAAUAUAAAACUAAUAAAAGAUUUUAUUGAUAUUAAAGACAUUCACAAAUUCGAAUUUUCAUUUAUAUGUUCAACAACCAGGAAUAUUUUACCCAUACGAAAAAUUAUUCUCUGUACAGAAAAUAAAAAAGAACCAUUUGAAAUGAAUGUUAAUCAUCCCAUUUUAUUAAAAUUACAAGACAAAUUAAAGAAAGAUAUUGAAAAUAAAAAGGAGAAAUACGAAACAUAUGUAUGA